GCCCCUCCUCCUUUGCCUUUCAUUCCUGAGGCAAGACCAAGAAGAAACCGACUUGGGACAGGGGAAUGGUGAAGGAUCUCCACAGAAUGCACCCCAGCUCGCUUUAUUUUUAAUCAAGCCAUAAGAGGAGGUUUUGCAUGCAUUUUAUUUGUCGUGAUUAAGUAGGAAAACUUUUUUAAACAUUUUUUUUUUUGAACAAAGUUUAGCUCGAAAAGUCUUAACUCACAUUACAGUUUCCAGGAGGCGGAUAUACGGUACAAUGGAUCUUGUGACAUUGGUGGCAUUCAGUUCCUGGCUGGCUCCGGCACUCGGAUCAGCGUUUGGCAGGGAGGUGUUUGCUUCCACGGCAGAUGACGACAAAGACUACGACAGUGCUUUUCAAUAUGAUUAUGAAUCUCUGAGAAUUGUUGGACUGGUUUUUGCAGUGGUGCUGUUUGUCCUGGGCAUCGCAAUCAUUGUCAGCCGAAAGUGUACCUGUUCAAAGAAAGACAAGUUAAGACCCAGGGGUCCUGAUGGGGAAUCAAGUGUUCGAAGAGUUUAACAGACAUGGAAGCAAAGCAGUUUUGCCAUUAGGUGGCAGCCAAUCCUACAUCAGCGGCGGACAAUCUUUCCAUGAACACAUGGAGUUAUCUUCAGUUAAAUAACUCAAUCCUUUUGUUUUUUUAAUGUUUUCACCAUCAGUAAAUGGUAGUAGAUUUUGUGCCUUCUUUAUAUAAUGGCAAUAGUGUGAUUAUUAUUUGUAUUUUUGAGAUUUUCAGUUUGAUGCAGAAUAAUAAAACAAAUGUUUGACAUGGUA